CCGAGAUGCGCAUGCUCAGCAAGUUAUCCGGGAUACAGAAUUGUUAAGAUGUCUUGGAGGUCGGCGUUGUCCAAAAACUUGAGAGAAUUACGGAUACAUUUAUGCCAGACUUCAGUGUCAAGCCAAGGAACAAGGGAAUUCAUUGAAGCUCACUAUGUUGAUAUCAAGAGGCUUAAUCCCACAUUUCCUAUUCUAAUACGAGAAUGCAGUGGCAUACAACCUCGCAUGUACGCAAGAUAUGAUUUCGGAAAGGAGAGGAAGGUGGAGUUGACAGACAUGAGUAAGGAGCAGGUGUUCACAGCACUGGAAAGCCUGGUGACAUCGGAAACUACUACUUGAUGAAUAAAGAACUCUAGUAUGACUCCUACUGUGUAGUAUUUUCCUAUUGCAUAGCGCUAGAUUCAAUACUAUAGAAUGCUAACCAAUUGUCUAUCCCAGCAUUUUAAUUCACUAGCUAAUAUAAUCAGCAACAAACCUAGCUAUGGAC